AUGAAACCCUUGGAAGCCUUAAAUUUUAUCAAGAAAGCCCUCGUGGAGACCAGUCCAUAUUUGUUGGCAAUUACUGUGGUUGUUUCCAUUUUACACAGUGUGUUCGAACUGUUGGCCUUCAAGAAUGACAUUCAAUUCUGGAAUACACGCGAGUCUUUGGAGGGACUCUCUGUCCGUUCUGUGUUCUUCAAUGUCUUUCAAUCGUUGAUUGUGUUCCUCUAUGUGUUAGACAACAAUACCAAUAUGCUGAUCACUAUUUCCGUGCUUUUGGGUCUGGGAAUUGAAAUUUGGAAGAUCAAAAAAGUUCUCCUUAUUCAGGUCGAUCACUCUACACGUGUUUGGGGAAUUUUCCCGAGAAUUCAAAUCGGCUAUCAAACAUCAUAUGUUGAGACGGACACUAAAAAAUACGAUCAGAUGGCCUUCCGGUAUCUAUCUUGGGUUUUGUUUCCCAUGUUGGCGAUCUACUGCGGCUAUUCUCUGCUGUAUCAAGAACAUCGUGGUUGGUACUCCUGGGUCCUAUCGAUGUUGUACGGUUUUCUGUUAACAUUUGGGUUUAUCAUGAUGACUCCACAGUUGUUCAUCAAUUACAAACUCAAAUCGGUCGCUCACCUCCCGUGGAGAAUGCUCACCUACAAGGCGUUGAACACGUUCAUUGACGAUCUUUUCGCCUUUGUUAUUCAUAUGCCCACGCUGUAUCGGAUCGGUUGUUUGCGAGAUGAUGUGAUUUUCUUCAUCUAUCUUUAUCAACGCUGGAUCUAUCCGAUGGAUCCAAAUCGUGUGAAUGAGUUUGGAGUUAGCAAAGAAAUGCUAGACAAACAGAAGACAGGCAACUCGCAAUCAGUUGACCAAUCUGAAGGGAAUGUAUUACCUCUGACCGAUGCUGCAUCUUCGAGCGAGGAUACAGAACCGCUAUCACAGGGAGACGAUUUGGAUAAUCAUAACCACGACGCAUACUUGCGUCGACGACCAAAGGCUUCCACUACUGCUGCAGCUAAGUGA